AUGUCGCUGCCAAACGCGACCGAGGUGCGUCGAAUAUCAACACAACUAGCCAAGCUCGAGCAGCAGCGCGCUCAGGGAAAUCUUCCUCAUGAAGAAACACCGCUCCGAUUGUACAGUGUACGCACCGGCGGUUUUGUGCGCGUGCUGGACAAGCACCCAGAGCCAAUCUCACAGGGCAUGCUGGAAGCUAUUGACGCAUUUAUCUCAGAGAGUCAUAAUUCUGCAGAUAUCGAGGAGAUAAAAACAACUUUAGAGAACAAGGAGCAGGAAAAUGACGAUGUGCGACUAAAUGAUCGUGGUGAGGCUGAUGGUGCAGAAGGAAGCAUGUCAGAACACGGACAGAUAGUUGAAAGUUGUGAUUCCACUAAAGAGUUCACUAAAAUGAAACUUUGCUCUGCAAAAACAGACGAUAACGUUACAAAUACGGAGUCUGCCACUUGCGUCAGUGUAAAAAUGUUGCCUCCAUGGGAGAAUGGAGAUAGUUUCGCGACACCAAUAGAACUAAUAGGCAGAAAUGAGCUCGUGAGCGAGUAUCUGGGAAAGCAGUUCAAGGUGAAAAAUCUCAUGACGGUAGAACAGGUUGACGGCACGGAGCUCAAUAAUCACAAAACGGAAGAGGUGAAAACUGAAUCCUGGAAGCCUGUUGAUCAUCGGACACUCUUUGAGCACUGGCCACCACAGCUUGAAGAGCGACGUAAAUUGUGGUUUGUAUCCCGAAACUAUGACAGGAAAGAAGGUGUUGUAGGAUCAAAGCACCGGCCUGUUUUGUACUGGAUGCAUAACACGCUGCGCGUAAUGCAGGGAAACUAUGGAUUGGAAGCAGCAAUUUUGCUUUCGCGACGACUUCAAGCACCCUUAGUGGUUUUCUCUCUAAUACCAUCGUCCAUUAUAUACCCAAUUUGCCACUCGACUACUGCAAGCGAUGCGUAUGCAAGGUUUUCCCUUGUGGAGCUGUAUCAGCAAUUUUUACACGCCGGUGUGCCAUUCUAUGGGCUCACAUUUCGUCAUUCAGAAGAAUUCGGAGCUCUAAACAGCAAACAGACCCUAUCACUAAAUCUAAAUCCGCUUUACGAAGUGCUUGAUGCAUUUAAGCCAAUCGUAGUAGUAGCAGAUGCCAUGUUUGACGCACCGAGCAGAAACGACUUUGUGCGCCUGACUCAAUUUUUAGAUCUACAUCGAUCAUCUUGUUUGUGGUCACUCGUUUCGAUGGAUUCUUUGACGUGCUGCCCUAUCUAUCAGCUAUCUGCAAACCUCAAAUGCUCCUUCAAAAGUAAUGCCGCAUAUGCCAGUGAAGAACAAUUUGUAGCUGAGUAUGCAACAUAUUCUCGAGCACAGCAAGAAGCCUAUGCAUUUAGUGUUUUGCCUCGUGAUUGUGUUCCGGAUCGAGCUUCGAAUCAAGGACCGACAGAAGUUUUGGCUUCCGUAAUGCAGCGGCUUCACCUGGAAGAAGUAAAUUGGCAUCUUGUAAAGGCAGGGAAUUUUCAAUCCAGCUGUUCGACGCGGCGUUUUAGUGAAGGGGAGGGACUUCAAAAGCUUAGCCAGCUGUUGUCGAGCUCGGAUAAUCAACCUGCUAUUCAGGCUGAGUUGCGUGGUGGUGGAGUCCUAAGCUUGUUACCAUUUAUUCGUCACGGAACGCUGUUUGCUGGCUAUGUGUUGCGACGGAUAUCCGAAGCCAUCGUUUCUCGCCCAACACCCAAAUCCUCACAAGAACGAAGAGCUCUUGCUAUGUUGAAAGUCAUGAGAUCUCGGGCUGCAAUUCAUUUAGGCAAGGAGCGCGACUAUGCUCUGUAUUUAGCUUUGUGGUCUGCUGUUCGUAUCGAAGUGGAUACAUUCAAUGGCGUCAACCAGUUGAAUCUAGCAUCGCUUUCGACAAGUGAAAUUAUUGCAAGCUUAGACGUAUCGGAGUCUCGCGCGUCGUCUUUACAAAAUUAUCAAAAGCUUUUGCCUUCUUGGGCUUUUAGCGCUGCUAAUCUUGUUGGGCUCUCGAAUGGUCAGCAGCCAGGUGCUGCUCUCUAUGACCUUCAAAAGUUGGAGAGCGCGCAAACACAAGAUCGGUACUGGAAUGAGAUUCAAAAGUUUGUUGUGGAACAGCAAUAUCUCCAUCCGUUACUGGUUGUCUAUUGGGCUUAUCGGCUUAUGACGUGGAACGUGUCUGUUCGAGCAGCUAUCGCGACAAUCGACUCUCUCCUCUCCCAGUGCACGCUCGGUUCAAAUAUUUCUCCCGAUGCCGUGUUUAUGGUUUGGAAGCUGUUAUUUCGUCUAGGAUCAUCCAACACUAUAAACGGGACAAAAUCUUUCAAUCUGGCUGAUCCCCAACAAUUUCAGCGUGUUUUAGAAAGCGAGAUUGCAUCGCAACCAAAACUUCAGUUGUAUUCAUGA